AUGAUGGCAUUUCGCAGCCGAAUGAGAAAGCCAGACGAAGACAUCCAAGUAUUCGCCUACAAUUUAGAAGCGCUAUUAAGACGCGCGAUGCCAAACAUCGAGAAGGGCGACAGAGAAACACUUCUCAAGCAACAAUUUGUCGAAGGAGUAUCUAUAGAACUAAAGAGACAAUUAUUACAACGACCGACCCUCUCGUACGAGGAGACAGUUACGGCGGGGCAACAGCUGGAUUUAGCGGCUCAGAUUUCAUCGAGUCAAUCGGUUAACGAAGUGAAUACGAGCGGUGGCACGAAUCAAACGGUAGUAGAGUCGCCCUUGGUUAUGCAAUUGAUGGAAAGUGUAGAUAUUCUUACGAGGAAGGUUAGUGAAUUAUCUCAAUCUGUUGCUAACGUAAACGCAGCGUCUGUGCGAAAUUCCCCCGCGGGGCGCCGGGGCCCUUGUUAUCAAUGUGGGCGAAUGGGUCACAUCGCCAGCGAAUGUAGGAGUACGUCCGGGAACGGGCGACGAAUGAAUUAUCGACAGCGCCAAACUGAAAAUUACUGCUUUGUUUGUGGACAGAUGGGACAUUUCGCGCGGGAAUGCCAGUUUCGAUUCCAGUCCUCCAUUAAUAGCCAACCACGUCAGGGAAACGACCAGGGGCCGACCCGUUUCUAGGCCGGGGGUCAGCCCAGGAUAAUGCGGCCUUGCCCAUAAACUGUGUUCAGCCCACGGCAGUCUUCGUAAAGGCACGAUUGGGCGACCAUGAGCGAAAAUGUUUAGUGGACACAGGUGCAACGGUGUCGUUAGUCAGCAGAGAAUUUAUUAGUGGACCCUUAAAGCCAUGUUCUUUGAGGGCAAGAGGGAUUGGCGGGGAGGACCUACAUGUGUUGGGAUCAACGGACUUGCAUGUUUGCCUUGGGAUGUCGAAGGUCUCCCAUCAGUUUCUGGUCGUGGGUAUGAGAAACACUUGCAUUUUGGGGGCCGAUUUCUUAAAAUCGGGGGGAAUGGUUGUGGACAUAGCGAACUCGAAGCUUUCGUGGAAGACAGGGGAAGCAGAAUUAAUCGUUGAGACAACUUCCCCAACUGUGAACAAGCUAAGUGUUCUGCUCGAAAGUUAUUCAGACAUUUUUGUAAACGGGCCGAGCGAUCCCUUAGGCUUAACUACCAGGGCGGAACACGCGAUUGAUACAGGGGAUAGUCGCCCAGUGAAGCAAAGGCCCUAUCGGAUUCCCGUUCAUCUCAACAAAGUGGUGAACAAUCAGGUAAAUGAUAUGUUAGACAGAGGUUUAAUUCAACCUAGUAACAGUCCUUGGUCCUCGCCCAUCGUGCUAGCUCCGAAGAAAGACGGUGAUUACCGGUUUUGCGUUGACUUUCGACGUGUUAACUCCGUAACAAAGAAGGACGCUCAGCCAAUGCCCCGUAUCGACGACAUUCUAGACCAGUUGGGGGUGCACAUUACUUCAGUACCCUAGAUCUCGCUUCCGGGUAUUGGCAGGUACCGUUAAGAGAGGAAGAUAGGGAGAAGACUGCAUUUUCGGUGGGAGUAGACCACUACGAAUUCACGGUGAUGCCUUUCGGUUUAACCAACGCUUCCGCCACGUUUCAGCGCAUGAUGGGGAACGUCUUGAAGGGGAUAAAGGGGUGCCUUGUUUUCAUCGACGACAUAAUCAUCUUUUCCGAGACGUGGGAGGAACACCAGCUAAUUUUGAAAGAAGUAUUUAGUCGUAUUCGCGCUGCUGGGUUGAAAGUAAAGCGGGAAAAGUGCCAGUUCGCGCAAGAGUCAGUUAAGUUUCUUGGGCAUAUCGUAUCGGCGCGAGGGACCGAGCCUGACCCAUCGAAGGUUGAGGCGGUGCGAGACUUUGCAACCCCAUCUUCCCUUACCGAGGUUCGUGCAUUCAUCGGUAUGGCAUCUUACUAUCGAAGAUUUAUAAAGAAUUUCGCGGACAUCGCUACGCCCCUGCAUGACAUGACUAAAGGUAGUCAGCCAGAGUUCAACUGGACGCCGUUAGCGGACAAGUCGUUCAAUGAGCUUAAGAACCGUCUGUGUACAGCACCAAUCCUAUCGUUGCCGGACUUUUCAGUUCCUUUCAUUAUAUAUACGGAUGCCAGCGAUUACGGACUCGGUGCCGUCUUGUCGCAACGAAUAGGUGAACAUGAAUGUGUGAUCGCGUACGCCAGUCGAACACUGACGCCAGCAGAAAGAAAUUACUCGACGACAGAGAAAGAGUGUUUGGCCAUCGUAUGGACAGUGAACUAUUGGCGGCCAUAUUUGCUCGGUAAAGCGUUCGACAUUGUAACGGACCAUCAGAGUUUGACAUGGUUGCAGGGGCUAAAGGAACCUAAAGGCCGUCUUGCUCGGUGGAUACUCGCUUUGCAGGAGUACGAGUUCGAAAUUAAACAUCGGCCGGGGAAACAGCACGACAACGCAGAUACACUUUCCAGGUUCCCUCGAGUGUCACCCGCUCUUGUGCCGGAUUGGAGCCCCGAUGAGGACCUGAUGGUCGGAGUAGCAGCCACGGAAGUGAAUGCAUCGUGGCCGAAGGAAGAGAUAAUCAAGGCGCAACAGGACGAUCCAAGCAUUUUCUUGGUAGUGCAGAAGCUACGUUGUACUAACACAGCACCAAAGAAAGACGAGGAUGGUUGGAAUGAUAACGGAGAGCAACGUCGCUACAGGCAGUUAUGGCCGCAAAUGGAGAUGAGAAACGGUAUCCUACAUCGUCGCGUGGAUAAGGGCACACCCACGGAGCGGUUGGUGUGGGUGGUCCCACGUAGAAUGCGUCCCGACCUUUUAAAGCUUUCCCAUAACGACCCUUGCUCCGGGCAUAUGGGAGUUAAUCGUUGCCUUGAGCGUCUGCAACAACAAUAUUACUGGCCUGGAAUGGCCUCAGAAGUGCAACUGUGGGUCGCAGAAUGUGAAAUGUGCGACCGCCGCAAGUCUCCAGUGUCGCCCCGUAAAUCACCUAUGAAAAGCAUAGAGGUUGGUCACCCAAUGGAAUUAUGGGCAAUGGAUAUCUUGGGCCCACUUCCUCUAACUGCACGGGGAAAUCAAUACAUCUUGGUGAUGUCUGACCACUUUACCAAGUGGGUAGAGGCGGUGCCGCUAGCCAACCAAAGAGCCGAUACCGUAGCGAAAGCGUUUGUUGACGAAGUUGUGACUCGACACGGUGUUCCUCGUAAAAUUCUAACAGAUCAAGGGAGGAACUUUGAAGCAGAGCUCAUGCGGCAGGUGUUCCAUCUUCUUGGGGUGGAAAAAUUGCGAACUUCGCCGUAUCACCCACAAACUGAUGGGCAGGUCGAAAGGUUAAACUUAAAAGCUUAAAAGUUCCAUCAGUUAAGACUACGCAAGCAAAAUCCAAAAUUUCCUUCAGUGGUGCAAGUUUAUUUAAUUCCCUACCUUCCGAAUUAAAAGAUAUUGAAAAUCAUUCAAUUUAUUCCUAUAAAAAGAAGCUCAAAACCUACUUUAUUCAAUUGAAUUAUGAAGUAGAUCACGUUAAUAAAUUCCGCUGCAUCGAUUGUAAGCAUAUUACUCAUUGUCAAUGUUACUCUCAAUAGGAUUUUCUUUUUAUAUAUUACUAUUAGAUAUCGAGGGCCAUUGGGAAGAAUACUAUAUUAAGUAAUCAGUGUAAUCCCUCAUUAAAUAAAGUUUUAUUAUUAUUAUUAUUAUUAUUAUUAUUAAACCGGACCUUGAAGGGGAUCCUCACAGCGUAUGUAAAUAAAGACCACACUGAUUGGAACGUUCAUUUACCUCUCGCCUUGUUCGCAUACCGCAACAGCGUACAUUCAUCGUCAGGAGUUUCACCGUUUAGAGUGGUUUAUGGUCGUGAAGCCAGCACACCGUUAGUGCUGAUGGGCACCCAGACAGAGGCAAAGGAACAGUUUAUCUCAAACUACUGCGAUGAGUUAGAGAAGUCCCUGAAGGACGUGCAACGCUUUGUGAAAGAAAAGAUUAGUGAGGCACAGAGGAAGCAGAAAAAGGGAUACGAUGAUCGCAACAACAUUGACAAAAGCACGCCAUUUAAGGUGGGAGAUCGGGUUUGGCUCAACGACACAGCGGUUCCAAAAGGGCUUAGUCGAAAGUUCCACCUACAGUGGUCCGAGCCUUACAUGGUCCUACACCGUCUUGGUGGCACAAAUUACCACAUUAAGCCCGAAUCAGGAAAUCUAAAGUGGUCCACCGCAAUCGUCUGA